GGAAAGAGCGUGAGAAAGGGAAGGGGAAUUUCAUGUCAGAGCUGCAGUUUGAGUUCCAUUCUUGUAAUUUGGAGAAGAAUCAGGACAGAAACUGGGAGAGGAGAAGGCUGUCGCUGUAAUUGGGAGACAGAGGAAAACUCAAUUUCUGAGUGAGCAGCUCCGCGAUCUGAAGGAUAAGCAUGAAGAGUGGUGGUAACCAUGGAUCCUCCUGUUUGCUUUGCUGCUACAAACCGGAGCGACUAAAAGACAAGGACCAAAUUAGGAAAUGAAGAGGGGAACCAACAGCUUAUUAACCUCCUUUUGACUCUGCUUCCUGCAAAAAAAGACCUUCAGGGGGAAAGCAGCAGCUGAUAAUGAUCGCCUGAUGCAACUCUUCCAGAAGCUGACAGUGAGAGGAAACCACAGCUGUCACGAGCUAGAGUUGUCGCCAGCUGCAGCUAAAAUUAAAAGUGGGGAAAAGAGAAAAUUCCUGGAGGAACAUGGGACAUGGAGUUCAAAGCAGUGAGUUGACAACCAGGAGCAAAUGAGCAGCAGUGGAUUUGGCAGCUUGCUCCAGGGCAGGCGAUUCUACUGCCGGGAAUGGGCCCUGGACAAGCUGCGGCGCUGCCUGGACAACUGCUCCAUGCCAGGACACCCGCCGGGGCUGCUGGUAACAGGGGGUGCAGGUGCAGGAAAAACCGCCCUGUGCACAGAGGUGGUGUGGCCCACCUCGAAAGCAGGAGUGGAAGUCAGGCUUGCACCACGCUGCCUGGCUUCCCACUUCUGCCACAGGGAGGACCAGAGAAGUACGGUGCUGUGGAGGUUUGUCCUAAGCCUGGUGGAGCAGCUUAGAGUCUCACCUCUCCUCCCUCCUGGGUAUGAAGACAUCCUGAAGAGCCCAUCUGUGUCCCCUACUCUGGAUCCACUCACCUGUCAGAAAGACCCAGACGACACCUUCAAGAGAGCAGUGCUGGGACCCCUGCUGGACCUUCCUCCUCCUGCCCAGACUGUAAUGAUGGUGGUGGACUCCCUUGAUGUAGGAUAUGAGGCAGGCAUUGGAGAUGGAAAGAGCAGCUCAAUUGCAGAGCUUUUGGCUGCCAAUCAACACCUGCUGCCCGGCUGGCUGCUGCUAGUCUGCUCUGUCCGCCGUCACAAUAAAACUGUUUGCAAGAUGUUUUCAGGUUUCCGUAAGCUCUGUCUGGAUGAUCUGAGGAAGCCCCCACCAGUCCGUGACGUACAGCAGUACAUCCUCUGCCGGCUUGAUGAAGAAGCAGCACUCCGUCGUCAGCUCACCCCAGACACAGCUGAUAUGUUGAAUCUCCUGCACAUCAAGAGCAGCGGCUGCAUGCUCUUCCUCGAGCGUGUGCUGGAUGGCGUUGCAGGAGCACUGGUGGGUCUCAGAGAGAUCCGGGAUAUACCAGGGACUCUGAAUGGACUCUACCUUUGGUUGUGCCAGAGACUGUUUCCCCGAGGGCUCUUUGUCUAUGUCCGGCCUCUCCUCAAUGUCCUCUUGGCUGCCCCAAGACCCCUCACACCCAAAGAACUCUUCACAGCAGUUUGGACCCAUGACAACUUGCUCAGCCUUCAGGAUUUCCAGAACAAGCUACGAACCCUCUCUCCUCUCCUGAUUGAUGGUCCUGGGGGCACCAAGAUACUUUUCCAUGCUAGCUUUGCUGAGUGGCUGAUGGAUGUGAAGUAUUGCACACAGAAGUACUUGUGCAGCAAAACUGAAGGCCACAGUAUGCUUGCCAUGGCUCUGACUUUGCAGGGACCAUACUUGGAUAUUGAGGAUACUUGCCAGCUUGCCACACAUUUAGUCUGCUCAGGUCACCAUAAAGAAAAUCCCUCUUUAUUAGCACUCUGGAUGAUAUGGGCUGGUGUGCCUGUUCUUGCUCCCAGCAGCAGCACUACGAACCAUCCUCCUAUUCUGGUCAGCCAGGAAGUCCUGCAGCUGCUAAAGAGGAGUGGGCUGGUCUCUACAGCUUUUCUUGCAGAUGCUGAUGAAAGUGCUGAAGUGAACUCUAUGGAUGAAAAAGAAACUAACUCACAACAGGAACUUGAAAAGGACAUUUCUGUAAAGAAGCUGUUGGACAGCUGGUUGUCUGUAAACCAUGCUGGUUGCACAGAUGGACGGACCUUGCUUGCCAGUGCAGCCCAUGAGGGUUCUGCAAAUAUAACUGAACUCCUCCUUGCACAUGGAUCCAAUCCACUAGAAUGUGAUGUUCACGGUCAAACACCACUGACUUUGGCUUCCAGGCAGGGCCAUGUCAAAGUCUUGUCCGUGCUCCUGGAGUGGGCAAAGAGUCAGGAGCAUGAGACUGCAAUGCGGAUAAUGGAACAUGUAGACAAUGAAGGCUGGACAGCGUUGCGUUCCGCAGCAUGGGGAGGACACAGCGAGGCUGUCCGGCUUCUUCUGGAUGCAGGAGCAGAAGUGGAUGGAUGUGACACUGAGGGCAGGACUGCUCUAAGGGCUGCGGCAUGGGGUGGUCAUGAAGAAAUUGUCCUAACCCUCUUGGACUUUGGGGCACAGGUUGACAAAGUGGAUAGCAAAGGUCGGACACCUCUCAUAGCUGCUGCCUAUAUGGGACAUCAUGAAGCUGUGGAAAUUUUGCUGGACCACAAUGCAAAAGUUGACUUAGCUGAUGGAGAUGGACGCACUGCUCUGUCAGUUGCUGCCCUCUGUGUCCCUACAGCUGCAGGGGUCAAAGGUUACGGUGAGGUGGCAAGUUUGUUGCUGGAGCGUGGAGCAGAUCCCGGCCGCAGAGAUAACGAUGGAAUGACACCAUUGCUUCUGGCAGCUUAUGAGGGUAAUGAUGACGUAGUUGAGCUUUUGUUAGAAGCUGGUGCUGAUGUAGAUGAGACUGCUGGCCCUGAUGGCAAUGUCCCUGCUGCAGCUGCCGUUACCCCCCUGCUGGCAGCUGCAGCCAUGGGUCACAUGAAGACAGUAUCAAGACUGCUUUUCUGGGGGGCGGCUGUGGAUGCAAUUGAUUCUGAAGGCAGGACAGCACUCUGCCUGGCAGCAGCAAGAGGCAGCGUUGAGGUUGUCCGAUCCCUGCUGGACAGAGGCCUGGACGAAAACCACAAAGAUGACCUUGGCUGGACUCCACUUCAUGCUGCUGCCUGUGAAGGCCAUCGGGCUGUUUGUGCCGCUUUGACAGAGCGAGGUAGCAUGGCACGAGUUGGAGAGAUGGACAUCGAAGGACGCACCCCUCUUAUACUUGCUGCUCAGGAAGGCCACUGGAGCACUGUCAGACUGUUGUUGGAUAGACGGUCUCCCAUUGACCACAGGGCAUAUGAUGGGCAUUCUGCUUUGAGUGCCGCUCUCCUUGAAGGCCAUACUGAGGUUGCAGAGUUGCUUAUGAGGCGAGGUGCUGAUACUGAUGUCCGGGAUGCAGAGGGAAGGCCUCUUCUCUACCUCCUGGUGUUAGAGGGUCGUCUUGACAUGGCUACACUUCUCAUAGAAAAAGGCGGGGUGCCUCUGGAGUCUAGAGACCCUGAAGGCCGCACAGCACUUCAUGUGGCUUCAUGGCAAGGAUCUGUGGAAAUGGUAGACCUACUUUUAAGACAUGGUGCUAACCCCAAUGCACAGGACACAGAGGGAAGACCACCUUUGCAUUCAGUAGCUUGGACAGGACAUGUUGAAGUAGGACAUCGUCUCCUUGAAGCCAACGGUGUAAAUAUAGACCUUGCUUGCCAUCAGGGGGCAACAACUCUGAGCAUUUCUGCCCAGGAGGGACAUGCCAAUAUUGUUGCAAUGCUACUGGAAAGAGGAGCAAACCCUGAUCACAUGGAUAAAUAUGCCCGUAGUCCAAUCAAAGUGGCAGGGAAACAUGGCCACUUUAACAUUGUCAGGCUUUUGGAGAGCUAUGGAGCCAAGCCUUACUUAGGCCUGCUAACCUCCAGCACUUUCUCCCCUAUAAAACCCAACAAGCUCUUCUCCUCAGGCAUCUCAAAUAUUAACGGAGGUGAAGUCACCGCCACUACCUCCUCGUCUUCGAUAUCUUCUCCCGGCUCCACUGCUGAACGAUUUCACUCCAUGCAGAGCUCCCAAACCUCAUCUACUUGUCACUCACUGGCCACAGUUCAGACAGUGCCAGCUGACAGUCUCAGCUUUAUUCAGCAGAUCCAACAGCACUCACUGCCACGCAGUCGUAGCCGUCCCUCAACCCUCCCCCCACCUGGGAGCUCAGGCAUGGGCAGCCUCCAUGGAAGCACCCAGAGGCAUCCAAAAGGCAGCCCUCCCACUGUUUGCACGGUCACUGCCAUGGUGCACAACUGUGAACUGCCUCAGAAAGGCUUGUCGUCCGGUCUUGAAUAUCACAACAAAAUGUACAAACAACAAACCUAUGCUGGUGGCAAAUGGCAAUCAGUCAUGACUUCCCUUGGGAUAAUGCCAGGGCAAGACAACCCUGCAGUUGGUGCUAAAGACCGAGAGAGUCCUCCUCUCGGCUACCCAUACAGGCUUCAAAGCCAACUACAAGGGAAAGCUUGGGAUUCUGUACCCCAAAAGAACUUUUUGUCACCGAAUUGCUACAAUUUUACUCCAGUCUCACCUUGUAGUGCCUUGCCGGAAGAUGUUAUGGUUGCAAUGACAACUGCUGAUCCACAGCUCAAUCUGAAACAGGCCAUUAAACUGCAGUUUGAAGGUCCCACCAGUGCAGCCUUGUACAAGAGAGAGACCCCCCUUUGACUGCCUGGGUUGUACUUAACCAAAGCUAUUGCUACACUCCUUUCCCAAACCUUUUCUUUUAUUAAGUGUAUGGGGUUGGCUGAGAAACAUUGGUCUUAAAAUGUCAAUUCAAUCGCAAGCAAUUGCUCAAAUACUUUCUGAUUCCACUGUCUCAAUUCAAGGACUUUUGUAGCAUUUUAAAUGAAUAUAAUGGGGUUUCACAUUAAUUUAUUAAGGAUUAUAAUUGACUUGCCAAGUUGCAAGUUAUUGUCUGGUUUCUAACAUUUUCUGAAAUGGUGUAUAGUUAUUGCAUUCACAGAAACUUAAAUUUGAAUAAGAAUGUGUUUCUUUUAGGUAAAAAAAGGACAUUUUUGCAGUUUGAGGCAGUAGUUAUCACAGAGUUUCAGUGACUUUCUGGGUGCAGAUAAAAGAAAACUAAUUUGUUUCUUUACCCCAAGCUUUAGAAAAUAACAGAAAGACAUCAAAGCUGACAUUGCUGGCUUUCCAUUUUGUUUGUUGAGCAGAGCUCCUACUGACAAGUUUGUGGUUUUUCAUUUAAAGUAUACUGCUCAUUUCCAUAUGGGAACUUAUUUUCCAUUGUUUUGGGGACUUUUAAAUAAAGAACGCUGGUUUCUAGGUUGGAAUAUGUUUUUAAUUAUUCUUUUCUAGUAAAGAUUCCCUGUUUUCACAGUAAACAUCCUUGUAUAGGAGCUUUAAGCUUGUGGCCUUGAUCUUUAUUGAAGCCUUUUAUAUUGACUAUAAACUGGCCUGCAUCGCCCACAGGCCUGUUGCUGUAAACCAAAAUCAUUUUGCAGAAAUGCAUCGUAACCCAGAGCGGUGUUUAUGAUACAAACUAUAGAACACAGCCAAACCAGCUUGGCUCUUGCUGUGUGACUGUGAGCAAGCAGGAAGGAAGAGAAGCUGGAUCAGAAAAACAGAGCAUCAAUGAUUCCAAACUUGUUCAUGAUCAAAAGAAAUUUCUAGUUUUUCUUUUUUUUGUCAUUUUUCAUUGAAUUAAUAUUUAAUUAUAUUCAUUCAUUAAAUGGCAAA